CCGGAUGGUAACCCUACCGUAAAGGGGAAUCUGCCUGACAACGCUUCCUACAUCUAAUUGCGCCUUUCUCAUACCCGGCUUUUGGGCAAUCCGUUCUUCUAUUCCAUUUCCGAUACAUAUAGACAAACUGGGGGCUAGGCGCCCUUAUUAACAACAAAAGCAAAAGUUAGGGCCAAGCGCAUCUUUUACGUCAACGUCAAUCCCGUCAGCCACCAGUUUGUUGGCCCAUCGGUCGGCCCGUCAGUGCACCUAACAGCGAUGCUUCCGUGCUCUCGGCGACUCUGAUUCCAGAACACACUCCACUCUACCUGAUUUCUUUAACCGCCUUUGCCGCUGGCACUUGACCAUGUCGAGCUUCGUCCCACAGGAUUUCUCCUGGACAUCAAUCCCAACCGAACUACUCGCCGCCGAGCUAGCACGCCGCGAUGACGUCGACACAAAGCCCAAGUGUGGUAGUAAAGAUAGAGGACACUAUGACACUGCACUCCAUGUUUUUGCCCUCGGCCUGAUCUUGUUUCUGAGCACAUGCGCUUGUGCAUUUCCCCUUCUCACCAACCGAUCCGGCGGCGGACGACGACAAACGAGAAUAGUCUUCAUUUGUCAACACUUUGGCACCGGAGUACUCAUCGCGACCGCCUUUGUGCACCUACUACCGACAGCCUUCCUCUCCUUGACCGACCCUUGCCUGCCACAUGUUUUUAGCAAGGGAUAUACGGCCAUGGCUGGCCUCGUGGCCAUGACGGCCGCCCUUGUAGUCGUCUCGGUCGAAUCCUACCUCACAACCCGCGGCGGUCUGACACACAGUCACAGCCAUCACCAUGUAUGGGACGAGGACGAUGCGGAGGAAGGGGAGGACGGCAACAAAACGCACGGUAUGAACAGGUCUAGCAGUAGCGGUGGCCUGGCCGCUCGCCGGGAAAGGCGUCCUUCGAAUAUCAUGUUGGACGACAUUGGCGCCUCGGAAGGUCUCAUGGCCGGCGCCUCACCGCUCCCCGAAUCUACACCAGUCGUGGCCUCUACGAACGACAGGAAACAAUUGAACGGGAAUGCACACCAACCACAAGAAAGAAGCUACCAACCUCGCGACUCUUCAUCUUCGUCCCGGGAAUCCCUGGAUCUAGAACUGAAUCUCGACGAACUCGAGCCAGUCCCCGAGAACGACGCCCAACCCUCAGCCCCGCCACCGCAACAACACGGACGCAUGAUGGGACAGACACCAGCGCCUCCGCCUGACGAACAAAAACGGCUCCUGCUGCAGUGCCUGCUCCUCGAAGCCGGCAUCCUCUUUCACAGCGUCUUUAUCGGCAUGGCGCUGUCAGUGGCAACGGGACCAGCCUUUGUCGUGUUCCUGGUGGCGAUAUCAUUCCACCAGUCGUUCGAGGGCCUGGCGCUCGGGUCGCGGAUCGCGGCCAUCCACUUCCCGCGGUCUUCCAUCCGGCCGUGGCUGAUGGUGCUGGCGUACGGCACGACGACGCCCAUCGGGCAGGCCAUCGGGCUGCUGGUGCACAACAUGUACGACCCGCGCAGCCAGGCCGGCCUGCUGAUGGUCGGUUUCAUGAACGCCAUCAGCGCGGGCCUCCUGCUCUUUGCCGGCCUCGUCCAGCUCCUGGCCGAGGACUUUUUGAGCGAGAAGAGCUACCGCGUCCUGCAGGGAAGGCGGCGAACCGAGGCUUUUCUGGCCGUGUUUGGGGGUGCGGGGUUGAUGGCUGCGGUGGGAGCUUUUGCGUGAAAGAGACGAGGGUUUUUAGUUUUGGUGAUUUGUUUUUUUUUAAUCUUUUUUUUUAUUUAUCAUUUGUUAAUUGCCCUAAACUUGCGGUCUAUUCUUCAAUUCUUUUUCACAUACAAAAGCGAUGCGUUUGAUCAUUCGGACAAUUGUCUCUUUUCUCCUGCUGGAUAUUGCAUCACUCGGUGUUUUGGGGAAGCGACGGCAUAUUGUAGUGUGAGCAUCGUCUGGGAACGGAUUCAAUUGAUUUGAAAACUGGAACUGAACCAAAAUGACGACAGCCUCGUAUCUGUCAAAAGGAGCUAUAUUAAUCAUGAUAGGUCCGGUUCGGUUAGAGCUUAUGGUCAUAAAAUUGAAUUGAUGAUCGAGCAAAGCUAUUUCACUGAAAGGAUGCUGACUGAGUGAGUAGUCGAGCUGAUUGUGGCAAGGUCCCAGCUUCGUUGGUCCAU